ACACCUGGUUCAUCUUCACCCAAUUUCAGCGUGUAGGCGCAGACCAAACCAGAGGUGAACAACAAUGGUAUCAGGAUCGGGAAUCUGCGCCAAGGAGGUGGUGGUGGACGCUCGCCACCACAUGCUGGGCCGAUUAUCGUCAAUUUUAGCCAAAGAACUACUCAAUGGCCAGCGAGUAACCGUCGUCCGCUGCGAAGAGAUCUGCCUCUCCGGCGGUCUCGUCCGUCAGAAGAUGAAGUACCUCCGCUUUCUUCGCAAGCGUAUGAACACUAAACCUUCUCAUGGCCCCAUUCAUUUCCGUGCUCCUUCGAAGAUCCUCUGGCGUACCAUCCGAGGAAUGAUUCCGCACAAGACAAAGCGUGGAGCGGCUGCACUAGCAAGGUUGAAGGUUUUUGAAGGGGUUCCUACUCCUUACAACAGGAAGAAAAGGAUGGUCAUCCCUGAUGCUCUCAAGGUUUUGAGGCUUACAGCUGGACACAAGUACUGCUUGUUGGGCCGGUUAUCUUCCGAGGUUGGAUGGAACCACUAUGAAACCAUCAAGGAGCUUGAAAAGAAGAGGAAAGAGAAGGCUGCAGUGGUGUACGAGAGAAAGAAGCAGCUCAACAAACUGCGGGCAAAAGCAGAGAAGGCAGCAGAAGAGAAACUUGGCUCACAACUGGAGAUUCUUGCACCGGUUACCUACUAAAUCUUCUGAUUUUAGUUUUUUGCUAGGAGUUUUGUGUUUGAUGAUGUUGACUCUUUGUAUUUCUAUGAGGAUUCAGUGUAUAAUGUGGUGGAAUCGAACAGUUUUUGUUCAAAUACUUGCGUAGCAAUUUGAAAUUAUCUAAAGAUUUUUGAGUAUGCUUUUGAAAGCAGGCUAUAAGUAUUAUUUCA